AUGUCCACAAAAGCUUACGGCGUGACAGGUCCCGUCUCGCUCUCAAACCCAACUCAGCAAGAGAUAAGUUUAAAUGACGCUCUCAUAGGCGAGCUCAAAGCUAGGGGUUCAUUCGAAAGUGAACAAGCAACUAGAAAGCGAGUCGAUGUGCUCGCGUUGAUGCAAAAAAUGGUUCAAGAGUUUGUCUUUAAAGUAUCCAAAAAACGAAAUAUGAGCGAUGGAAUGGCAAAAGAUGCUGGCGGAAAGAUUUUCACCUUUGGCUCCUAUCGGCUUGGUGUGUAUGGUCCGGGAUCAGAUAUUGACACAUUGGUAGUGGUCCCUAAGCAUGUCUUACGCGAAGACUUCUUCACUGUUUUUGAGGAAAUUCUCAGAGCGCGUCCUGAAUUAGAAGAGAUCUCAUCCGUUCCUGAUGCCUAUGUUCCAAUCAUUAAGCUUGAAUUCGAUGGUAUCUCAAUCGACUUGAUUUUCGCUCGCCUUAAUGUUUCACGCGUUCCUUUGGACAUGAGUCUUGAUGAUAAGAACUUGUUAAAGAACAUAGAGGAAAAGGAUUUGAGAUCUUUAAACGGAACUCGUGUCACUGAUGAAAUUUUGACACUUGUACCCAAGCCGACAGUAUUCAAGCAUGCCUUAAGAUGUAUCAAAAUGUGGGCUCAACAAAGAGCAGUUUAUGCGAACGUGUUUGGUUUUCCAGGGGGUGUUGCUUGGGCAAUGCUCGUAGCAAGGAUUUGUCAGUUGUACCCUAACGCCGUGAGUGCCACUAUUAUUCAGAAGUUUUUCACCAUCUACACCAAAUGGAACUGGCCGCAGCCUGUUCUACUCAAACCGAUCGAAGAUGGUCCCCUCCAGGUUCGUGUCUGGAACCCAAGAAUUUAUCCGCAUGACAGACAACAUAGAAUGCCAGUUAUAACGCCGGCUUACCCAUCAAUGUGUGCGACGCACAAUAUAACGAGCUCAACUCAAAAAGUUAUCCUAAAAGAGAUCGCCAGGGGUGCCGAAAUAAUGGACCAAAUUGUAUCCGGUCAUAAAUCAUGGUCGGACUUAUUUCAAAGACACACAUUCUUUCAUGAUUACAAAUUCUACUUGUGCAUAGUGGGAGCCACGAUAGGUACAGAUGAAGAUCACCAUAAGUGGAGCGGUCUCAUCGAAAGUAAAUUGAGGAUCCUUGUACAAAAGCUUGAAGUUGCGGAUGGCAUUGCACUUGCUCAUCCAUAUGUCAAGUCAUUUUCUACAUCAUAUUGUCUCAAUGACGAAAAAGUUGAAGAUGUCUUGGGCGCCUAUGGAAAUCUCCUGGGUGAGCUGUUUUUGAGUAGCUUGAAGGAGCUAUCAGGUGAAAGUAAAAUCAACUGUGGAGAUGCCUCUGAUGCUGAAGAGAAAACGACAAGGAUCAUACAUCUCACAAAACUCUUUAUUGGACUCGACGUCAGUCUCGUGCGAGAAGUAGGUGGGGUCAAGAAGCUUGAUAUACAAUAUCCUUGCUCUGAAUUUUACAACCUCUGCAAAAGUUCACCUCUGUUUGAAGAAGGAGUGAACUUUAUACAGAUAAAAAACGUUAAGUUGCACGACUUGCCUAGUGAUGUAUAUGAGGAAGGAGAGACUCGGCCAGUCAAGAGUGGUAAAAAGCGCAAAAAAGAUGCCGGUGCAGAGCAAUUGAAGAGACCUAAGGGAUUGACACCCACUGCCGCUGCUUAA